CUUCUUUGCCUGCUUGAAGCAUCCCAUUGACUUCGGUCAGCCACUCUUUUAUCACAAAGCAACAACCCCCCCCCAACUAGCCACACUCUCUUUCACAACUUUGCUCGCAACGCACCUUGCUUGUGUUUCAGAUAUAAAACAACUAUCAACCCACAGAAAAAUUCAGCCUUGACGGUUCUUUUUCACCCAACUCUCCAACAAUUCAAGAUGCGUUUCUCCGUUGCUACCGUCGCUCUCUUCGCCAGCCUCGUUGCUGCCAUCCCCCAGGAGGUCGAGACCGUCUACUCCACCGAGGAUGUGACCAUCGUCUCCUGCGCUCCUACCGUCACCAACUGCCCCGGUACCCUGCACGCCACCUCCACCCCCGAGGCCGUUGCUGCUUCCACCACCGGUGGCCCUGAGGGUGUCUCCCCCGUUGCUACCACCAGCGCCGCCCCCGAGGUUCCCUCUGCUGCCACCACCCCCGCUGCCGGUAGCUCCCCUGCUGGCGGUGCCGGCUCUGGCGCUGCUCCCUCGGUUGUUCCCUCCGGUGCUGCUGCCGGUGGUGCUGCUCCCUCUGGCCCCGCCAGCGGUGCCGGCUCUGUUCCCUCCGGCGCUGCUGCCAUCGGUACUGGCGCUGACACCACUGCGGCUCCCUCCGUCACCGUUAUCCCCGUGACCACCUGCGUUCCCACCGUGAUCUACUCCACCAGCACCAUCGGCUCCGGCUCUGGCUCCGGCUCCGGCGCUGGUGCCUACGGCUCUGGCUACCCCAAGCCCGCCAAGUCUUCCUCCCCUGUCAUCCCCAGCGGUGCCGCCGCCUGGGGCUCCGGCUACCCUAGCGGCAGUGCUACCCCCUCGGCCUCUGCUGCCCUCUACACCGGUGCUGCCAGCUCCGUCAACGGCAACUCCUUCGCUUUCGCUGGUGCCGCCGCCGCCGCCGCUUUCUUCCUGGCUUAGAUUCCCCCUUCAUGUUUAUAGUAGCCCCGGGUCACUCAUGAGUCCGGUUGCCGCUAUGGGCGGGGAACUUGGGCGCGUGUGAAUGGAUCCGAGUGACGGGGUUUGUUCCAUACUUAGAUGCGGUAUUUUGCUUUUUGGGAGAGAAAUUCGAUUUGUUGCUUUUUAUAUCCUUUCUUAUACCUCUAUUGAAUUUCUUUCUACCUAGAUACUAUUCCGCUUCCCGGCUUGCUUCGGAGUUUUUUUCCCGUGAAACACUUGGUGGCUGGAUACGAUUAAUGUAACCCAUGACGUUUUCACAUACCCGAUUCAUUCGAAGCAGUUAGAUUUAAUGGAAGAUUAGUACAUAGUAAUUGAUCCUGC